UUUUGUAUUUUUUUCUUCGUUCCAAAAUUGAAAUUGCUCUUAGUUACAUAUAUCAUUUCACGUUGAAAAAAUUAUAUGACAUUAAGAGACAUGAAUCCGGGCGUGUCAUAAACAAGAAAUGUGCAAUGCAAAAAAACAACACCAAAAAAAAAAACAGUUAGUCUUCCGUGAACGUAACGAUAAAUGAGGACAAUAACGUCAGCGUGUCCUCCAUUUAUUUUGAUAUUUGUGCUUAAACGGGCUGACAGGAUAACCCAUCAGAACUUUAACACGAUGGUUAGAUAUCUUGCAGUGACGUUAUUCUUGGUCAGUUUUCUCAACGACAGUCUCGGACAAUGGCCUCUUGGAGCAAGUCUAUUUGCACAGAUGAACCGAAUGCAGCGUGAUCUCGACAGAAUGGUUGCCAAUAUGCGGGCGAAUAUGCGGUCGAUGCAAGUUAACAUGGACACUAACAUGCAUGCAAUUAAUGAGAGAAUGGCUAGACAACGUCAGUAUAUCUUGGGAAACGGCAACCGGAAUGCAUACAUCACCAGGAAUUACGGGACGGGAGGCACGACAUUUUCAACAGAUAACGGCUUGAGAAAUGGCAACCAGAAUGUACACAUCACUGAGAAUUACGGAACGGGAGGCACGACAUUUUCAACAGCUAAUGGCGGGACGGGAUAUGUUUACAAUUCCCCCGACGGAUCUGUCAACAUAUUUUCCUAUAGUUCCGGUCCUCAAUACAGUGGAAGCCUUCACUAUUCUGGUCCUGACGGUACAUACUCUAGAAACUGGUGAUAUGUCAUUUACAUCAUAAUGUAUAUAAACGCAUCAUUCGUAUCUAACUCGCACUAGAGAGCCUGACUUCUCAAGAAUGUCUCUUGGCUCCAUCCGCAUGUUCAACUGACGGUAUUGAGCUAUGGGGCUUGUGCAUACUAGUAUCUUUUAAGACAAAGGAGUCAAAACAAAGGUGUUCUGAUGUUUUAAGCACGUGUGUACUGUUCAAACUAAGCAUUUUGUAGAGACCAUUUAUGUGAUAAAGAGGGCUUCAAGAGAAAGCCCGAUUUCUUUCUCCCUUCAUGGUAUGGAUAUUCACUAAAAGUCGGAACAAGAAAUGAACAUAGUUCCACUUCAUUCCAUCAACAAAAGUUAUCAAGACUUCACAGUUCUACGACAUGAUUAGUAAAGUGGCAUGAAACGUCGCGAAGGGAAGUGUUUUAGAAAGCAGCUUUAUGGGCAUAGGAAUCCGUGAACGAGGGCAAGUAAAUGAAUGCCUUUGACAAAUCUGAUAGAAUACAAGAAGAGACAAUAGCCAGGACAAAAACAGACGAGCGAAGUAAUUUUCAAGGGGCACUAAACAACUUCUUCAUCUAGAAAUCGUUACUGAAUUGUUCACUCUUAUUUAAUAUUAAAUCUGAAAGAAUUCAUUUUAGAUACAUGUUCUGUGCGACAAUUUCAUUUGACACAAAGAGGAAGUCUAAACAUGAAUUAUUUAUACUUAGCAUUUUAAACCAUUAACAGAGUUAGCUUUUUGUAAACACUUGUCAGUGACACGUUUAUUAUGCUAAUGGUCAAUAUAACUGAGACUGUAAGAUUUGUGAAGUACAAAAUAUUGGUAAACCAUCGACCAGCUACGCAAAAACGAAACCACUUUUAUGUGGAAAGAGUCUUUUUGGGUUUAUUGUGUUUUUAUAUUGCAAUAAUUGUGUUGUUCAGUUUGCCAAUGCAUUGCGAUAACUCACAAAGAAAACAAGGUAAAAGAAAGCCUCAACUUCGGGCUUUUUUGUUGUUUUCAAACAAAUAUCCUAUUGUAAAACCGGCCCGUCAAGACGGAUCGGAAUAAGAACUUCCAUUAAAGUGGCUUGUCUCAUUUAAUCAUAACUUUACUUGUUUUAAAGUAAUUCAUUUAUAUUUUGAGCCGUGCCAUGAGAAA